AUGCAGUCUGAGGCUAUGAUAGCUCGACUGGGUACCAAUAUUCGAGAUACGUCAGAUAUGUCAUCCUUGAUGAAGGGGGUUUUAACCACACCCAUAUGGAUGGAUGAAAGUCUCCAGGGAGCUCUGUUAAUCCCUUUACCCAGGCACGAAGAAGAAGAAGAAGAAGAAGAAGAAGAAGAAGAAGAAGAAGAAGAAGAAGAAGAAGUAGAAGAAGAAUAA